GUGAUAGGUACUUGUGUGCUGCUACGGAACGGAACAAUAGUCGUGACACGAUAAAAUUUCAAUCCAAAGGAGAAGGAACUAGACACUCUUCCUUCUUUUUCUCUCCUUUUAUUAUCCAUCCAUUUCCAUUUACUUACAAAAGAAGCAUAAAAAAAAACGUAAUAUCCAUUCCCGUUGGCUAUUGCCACGGCGCAUUGAUUCGCUACUCUCUCUCCGAUACAGGCGCCGUACGAUCUGGCCGCAGGAUGCAGCUCCAUCCAACUGCUGAUACUACUGCUUUGGAUUAUUGGUUGAACUGGAGGUUCUUGCUUUGUGCAAUAUGGGUCUUGGCACCAACAGUUAUAUCAUUGAUCUUUAUAUGGAAGUAUGAACUAUCACUUAAUGUCAAUCCAGAAUCUGAUGGAAGGGAGGAUUGCCAGAAAAGGUCUUGGCUUUUGUAUUUUGACAAAGCUUGGAGACCAUGCGUGAGAACAAUAAACCCAAUUUGUCUGGCGACUUUCCGAGUAUUUGCACUUGUUUUACUCACAGCAGUGAUUGUAGCUGAUUUUGUUGUUCAUGGAAGUGACAUGUUUUACUAUUAUACUCAAUGGACAUUUGCUUUGACUACCAUCUAUUUCUGGUUUGGAUCAGUACUUUCCAUCUAUGGCUGUUACCGGUAUAACAAAGCAAACAAUGGUGUUAGCAAAAUGCAGAUGGAUGUGGAGCAAGGGUUACUUGAGUCCCUUAUAAGCACAGACUAUAUGAAUGGCGUCAAGAUAGUGAACAGCAUAGAUUACAAGGGAAUACUUGCUGUUCCUGAAAUUGCUGGACAAUGUGGCUAUCUCUUCCAGAUUCUUUUCCAGAUGGCUGCUGGAGCGGUGAUGCUCACUGACUCUGUUUACUGGUUUGUGAUCUUCCCAUUUCUUACGCUCAAAAACUACGAGUUUAACUUUUUUACUGUUGUUACACAUUCGCUAAAUGCUGUCAUGCUCCUUGGUGAUGCAUCUCUGAAUUCCUUGAGGUUCCCUUGGUUCCGGAUUUUUUACUUUGUCGUAUGGACUGGUGUUUAUGUCAUUUUCCAGUGGAUAGUUCAUGCCUGUAAAUCAUUUUGGUGGCCCUACCCCUUUCUUGACUUAUCUUCAAUAUAUGCUCCUGUGUGGUAUUUGUUGGUGGCUUUACUGCAUAUUCCGUGCUAUGGAAUUUUUGCAUUACUUGUUAGACUUAAACAGUAUGUGCUAUGGAGAUGGUUCCCCCAAUCAUAGAAGUGUCUGAGAAAUGAUCAUCCCGAGUUGGUCACUUCCAAAGUUAAGGCGUCUCGUGUUCCUUAAAUGGUGAAGAUGGUGUUAUUUGAGAGUGCAGGAUAAGUUUUCUGGGGCAGAUUUCCUGCAGCGUGUCAGCCAAGUGGGUAUUGAUUCAGUUAAGAAUUAAAUCAGUAGCUAUUGUUGGAAGUACGUUGACAGCCUUCUUUUAUCUGCAAUUUGACCACCCUCUAAUUCCUUGAAUGAUCGGCUAUUAUACUUUCUGGACGCUAAGUUCGUCUGAUUCAAAAUUGUGUAUACCUUUCACAGGCAAAAGCUACUUAGUUUUUCUAAGAAUUUUGAUUGGAUUUGUACACAAAGGAUGCGGUUUCAUUUUUUGCUCUUUAAAUAGAUGCCUAUAUUACCUGCUGCCUGAAAGAAUUACCAUAAAUCACUGUCCAUUUUUCCUCGA